AGAUGGAGGCUAAUCUGGGAGGAACUGAGAUCCUUGAGCCACUUAAACACAUUUACAGACAGCCCUCCAUUCCCAGUCAACCUCGACAAAAGGAGGAGGCCACGCUCAGUUCAUCACAGGGGCCGACAGGAUGCAGCCCAAAGUGAUGCAGUCGCUGCGGUUCGCUCUGCAACCGGCCAUGGUGGACGUCUCAGUCAAGUGGGAUCUGCCAAGCGGAGUCUCUGUCACCGCUCUCUCUCCACCGAUCGCAGCACUUUUCCAGGGUCAAAGGUCACUGGUUUACGCCCAGUUCACUGGACAGAGUUCGGAGGCGUCAGAGGGCUGUGUGACGGUGGCGUACAGCCUGGCAGGUCAUCCCUCUCAGACCCAGCUCCACUUCAGUCUCAAACCUGCAGAGGACUCUGGACUAACGGUCCACAGGUUGGCCGCUCGGACCGUGAUCCGCUCUCUGGAGAUGGAGGUGGGAGAGCCUGGAGGACAGGAAGACGACGCAGGAGGGCAGAAGAAGGUGGUGGAGCUCAGCGUCCAAUCAGGAGUGAGCAGUGUCUUCACCGCCUUCAUUGCCGUCAACAAAUCCAACAGCGAAGCUAUUCAAGGACCUCUGCUGUGCAGAACGAUUCCAACAUCCUGUAAUCUCAGAGGGAUGGCGCCCUGUUCGAUGAGAAUGAUGGACGAAGAUGACACGCUUGAUAACGAUCGGCCCAAACAGCCCCCCAGAGACCCUUUGCUGCACCUGGUCUCCCUGCAGAAGGCGUCUGGCUGCUGGUGUCUGGAUCCACAUCUGGCUGCUGCACUGGGGAAGACCAGCGAGGAGGUGGAGAAGCCCAAGCCUGCAUCGGUGAAGCAGGACGUGUGGGCCACCAUUCUGGCUCUGAUCUGGCUUCAUGGUUUCAAGAUGGAUGCUCAAGAGGAGUGGGAGCUUCUGGCUAUGAAGGCUGUGUCCUGGCUGCGAGCUCAGAAAGCAUCAUUGGUGACGGAGUGUGUGGAAGCAGGAAAUGCUCUGUUGGGUUGCAACGUGCAGAAAGACGCCGUGGGGCUCUGAGGUGUUCAUUGAAGGAGCUUCUCCUGCAGGAUUGGUCCCCUCUGGUACAUCAAAGCAGAUUCACUCCAUCGUGUACUUCAAAUCAAUUAAUCCAUUUUAGGUCAACUAGUGUGUAGAACAACUUUAAACUAAACUCAAUUUUGAAAAA